UUAGCAAGUCAAAGUAAGGUCCACCAAGUAAUCUUUGUUCCACCCUUCAAACUAAUCAAGUUUCCAAGCUAUCAAAUUUGUACCCAUUUUCUGAAAUUUUUGCUAAACGAUAUCGCAAAAUGGCGCUGAUUCCAAGUGUUUUCGGUCGACGAAGCAACGUUUUCGAUCCAUUCUCCCUCGAUGUUUGGGAUCCUUUUCAGGAUUGGCCUAUUAGCUCAGCCGUCUCCGCUCCAUUUCGUUCAGACAUUUCUAACGAGACAUCCCAAUUCGCCGCCACUCGGAUUGACUGGAAGGAGACUCCAGAAGGUCACGUGUUCAAGGCUGAUCUUCCGGGACUGAAGAAGGAGGAAGUUAAGGUCGAAGUCGAGGAAGGGAACGUUUUGCAGAUUAGAGGAGAGAGGAGCAGGGAGAAAGAAGAGAAAAAUGAUACUUGGCACCGCAUGGAGAGGAGCGCGGGAAAAUUCCUUCGCCGGUUCAGGCUGCCGGAGAAUGUGAAGAUGGAUAAGAUCAAAGCUAGUAUGGAGAAUGGAGUAUUAACUGUUACCGUCCCUAAAGAAGAGGUGAAGAAGCCUGAUGUUAAGGCUAUUAAUAUUUCUGGCUGAGUAAGAUAGUUUUCAAUGGGCUGUUCGUCUUCUAUAUGAUGAUAUAGAGAGUAUGGGUUAAAUAAGUGAAGAAGUGGAAGAGUUUCCAGAGUUCUUUUUCUUGUUUUUGUUCUUGCUUUUUUGAGGUGUGUCUGAAAUGUUUAUGUAAAUUUGCUUAAUAUAAUAUAAUAUAAUAUAAUAUAAUGUGAGUUUCCAGGGUUUAA